GGCGAGGCAGCAUUCACACUGUCUCGGUCUGUUGCGUCGAAGACGUGAGCAUUUUGCCAGCACGAGCGUAGCCUCUUCAGGUGGCCGAGGAAAAGCAACAGGAUGGAUAUGAAUGAGGAGAUGGAUAUGCUAGAGUGUGCAGGAAAGAGAGGUCAGGGACUCCCCACCUCCACAGGGUCUCUCAUCCCCUUGCAGACACUCACUUGCAGCUUGCGUGAUUGAUAAUCCUCAGCUUGGUUCAAUAUGGAGCAGCAGGAGAGAGAUUUGCUGACCUGAUACAGAGAGGACUGAUGCUCAGUGGAGUGCCGGUUUCUCGAGGUUGGAUUUUUUUCUGUGUUGUGGGUGUUGCUUCUAUUGACCUCUUUCUGAAAAAAGUUCCGUGUUUAGGGGAUUUUGGCUGCCGAUGUGGAGCUUGAUAUUUUAGCGUAGGAGCCAAAGACUCGAGAGUUGUUUUGUUUCAGUCGGUGUGCGAGUAUUGGAGAAGCUUGUCGCCAUGGCUGCGAUAAUUGUGACUCCGAAUCCUAGCCUUAAUUCUUCUGGUAUAGUCUCGGCUCAGAAAUUUGUGAGGUUUUCUGGUGGCGCUUCUAGGAUAAAGUGCUCAGUGCAGGUUUUGAAUGCUACCCGCCAUAAUCGUAGAUUACAGGCUGCACUCUUCGCACGCAAGAAGCGUGGGAUUCACCCCGAGUUGCAACACCCGGGAUCAGUUAGGUUUAUCGUAACAAAGCAUUUGUUAAUUGCGAGCAAAGCAAAGACUCCAAGAAGGCAUGUAUCGUCUGUAAUCGUUGCGAAUUCCUCCGGACACGAAAACGCCUCGGAUGCGGAUACGAAUUUGGGGUCGGGUAUCGGAGUAGGCGCGCACCAAUUUGGGUUGGAAAAAGAUAUAAUCGUCGGAGAACACCAAAAUGAUAUAGUCAAGAGCGUUAUUAGAAAUGAAUAUUCGGAAUACUCAAAUGUGCAUUUGGGGCGGAGAAUGUUGCUUGGAUCCGUAUUGGCGGCAGUAGCUUUGAGUAGUUUGAACAAACCAGGAUUGUCUCUCGCUGAAACGAAGAGCGGUGGAAGUGACAAAGGAAGUUUUAAAAAUGGAGCGUCAGGCGCAGAGAAUGAAAAAACUGAGAAUGCGGGACCACAGAUUGGGGAUAGGUGGAUUGGAUCCAGGGUUUACGAUGCGACAGUAUUAGGCGAGCCUGUUGCUGUGGGAGGCGAGAGAAAUAGGGUGUGGCAGAAAUUGCUGCAGGCACGAGUUGUUUACCUCGGCGAAGCAGAGCGAGUGCCAGACCCUGAUGACAAGAUUUUGGAGCUGGGGAUUGUGCGAAAGCUCCGUGAUGCUUGUUUUGAGCAGGCGCGUCCCAUGUCUCUGGCUCUCGAUGCUUUUCCAGCUUCUCUUCAAAAGUCCCUGGAUGCAUACAUGAGUAAUAGAUUAUCCGACGCUGAGCUUAAGUCUUUAGUCGAGUUUUGGCCGACUGGAAGAUGGGAAGAAUUCUCGCCGCUGUUGCAGUAUUGCCGAGCAGCUGGGGUUCGACUUAUGGCUUGUGGAACUCCCCCAGAGGUUUUGCGCACAAUUCAAGCCAACGGAAUUCAGGGUCUCAGUGAAGCAGACAGAAAGAAGUAUGUUCCACCGGUUGGAGGAGGAUUUGGAGGUGGUACUAUUUCGCUCAUCGACCAAAUAGCUUUUGGUAAUAUUACUUCAAGUCCUUAUGGCCCUGGCUCUUAUCAGUAUUCUCAAGCUCGCGUUGUUGCUGAUCAUUUGAUGACUCAGGUUGUUGAGAAGGGAAUGUUGGACGGAGGUUCUGUUGGGCUGCUAAUAGUAAUCACUGGAGCAUCUCAUGUAGCGUAUGGUUCGAAAGGCUUGGGGCUACCUGCUAGGGUGCAAAAGAAGCUGUACAAGAAAACCCAAGCAGUAGUGCUGCUGAAUCCCGAGCGGCAGCGGAUACGGAAGGAAGGCAACAUUCCGGAGGCGGAUUUCUUGUGGUACUCUUCAGCCCGAGCAUGUAACCGGAAUUGUUUUGACCGAGCUGAGAUUGCUCGUGUCAUGGAUGCUGCAGGCAGACGUCGUGAUGCGUUACCUCAGGACAUUCAAGCUGGGCUUGAGCGAGGAUUGGUGGAUCCAGAAGUACUGAAGAGCUUUUUUGAAUUAGACCAGCAUCCAAUCAUGGCGGAACUAACUCGUCGCUUCCAGGGUUUGAGGGAGAGAUGGCUUGCAGACCCCCGGUUUCUGCAAAGGCUUGCAAUUGAAGAAUCGAUAUCUAUUACAACCACUUUAUUAGCACAGUACGAACGCCGAGGUACCCGCUUUUGGAGUGAGAUUGAAUAUGUUAUCACGGAUUCUGUCCGUGGAGCAGUUGUUGAUUUUUUCACCGUCUGGCUUCCGGCGCCCACGCUCUCCUUCCGAUCUUUGGAUGCUCAGGUCUCCGGAGGAAUUUUUGAAGGGUUGACUGGUUUGCUUGGCACUGUGCCGGAUAAUGCGUUCCAAAGAGCAAGGUUGGGAGAAAAUUAUGAUUUGAAGGCAAGAGCACUUGCUGUUCUGCUUGGUGGCUUAAAACUUUUUGGUGUUGGUUUUGUAUCAAGUAUUGGCACACUCUCGGUUUCUAAUGGGGUCUGGGCUAUCCGGAAAUCUCUCAACCGAGAUUUUCCUCAAAAAUCCGUAACUAAGCGCUCCCCAAUGUUCAAGACAGCAUUUGUUUAUGGAAGCUUUCUGGGUCUCUCCGCUAAUUUGCGUUAUCAGGCAAUUGCAGGAAUUAUUGAGCACUGGAUUGCAGACUACUUCUUGGCUUCUCAGCCACUAGCUGGAAGCGUGCUAUCAUUUACUGCACGUAUUAUAAAUUCUUACUGGGGAACUGGGCAAUGGGUCGACCUUGCUCGUUUAACCGGUCUUCAGUCCAGUGAAGACGAGGGUUCCUCCCCGUCUCCAAUUCUUGAAGGACAGGAAACGAAGUUUGAGGAUUCACCUGAAACCAAUAAAACAUUAACCUUGGAGCAGCCUUCAUCAGUAGAGAGCCUGGAUGAAGCAGAAGUGAAAUCAGAAGCUGAACCUACAAGUGCACCGUGAAGUUACCCGCCUACCAAGGCACUUAUUUAAUUCUUCGGGAUACGUUAGAAUUCCUCACAUUCUUGACACAAGUGAGUAGCUUUUCCUGUGACUUCUUUGGUUCAGAUAAAUCAUUGAUGCUGUUCGAUUGAGAUCGUUUGACUAGACGCGUUUAGUCCUUGGGUAAGAAUGUGGUGGAAUGAGAUGUAUUUUAGCACACAGCUGCGUAUCGAGUGGCUGCAACGUGAUUCAUGGAAAUUUCACCUAGGUUGGUGUGUGGAUGACACGAUAUUCCAGUAAAUUUGUGGGCCUGUUGGUAUUGAUUUAGAACCAUGUGACCGCUAAGAAUUUUUAGCCUCUCCAAAAUUUUACUCCAUGCUAGUAAAAGCAUACGGAGUGCCAAAUCAUUCAUCAAGAAGGUCCAAGGUUGACCAGCUUGAAAUUGUACUUUAUUCAUAUAAAGAAAAUAUGCUAGCCUCUUGGGUUCAAUUCUCUGA